AUUUGCCGUCACGUGACCAGCGAACAGCCAAUAAAACCGCGCCGCCGGUGAGGUUGACCAGUGACGUCAGCCUCGUAAGUCGCCUGGUUCAGCAGCAGAAGGACAUCGACUGCCGCCUCCACCACCGCCACCUUCCUCCUCGUCCUCGCAGCUUACGGUGUCGCCAUGGCCGGUCACGACUCGGGUGUGCAGUACCAGUUCAAAGGCAUCCAGAAAUACUUUAAUGCUUACACCCUGAUCGGCAGACGCAAUUGCGUCCUCGCCACAUAUGCAACCAUUGCGGGCAUCGUUCUGUUUUUCAAGUUGAAGUCAAAAAAGCCCAAGCAGAUUGAAGCUUCUUAAAGGAAACUUUAUGAAGAUGGGGACCAUCCAACAACUCAACACUUGGAUGUGAAGACAUUUGCGUUCCUAAAGUAACAGCUUCUUAUCCUGCUGUGUAAUGCCCCAAUAAAGGAAGUUUUAAAACAACUGUGCAUUUGAUCAUUAAUUUGCUACUCGUGGUAUGUUUUUAAAUGUAAGCAUGCCCAAUGGAUUUACCUGAUGUUUAUGCUCUUGCAUUGCAGCCAAAACGUGUCAUGAAUUUGCAGUAGAACUAGGUUCCUCCCGAUGGUUUUUAUUUAAUGGGCCAAAGCAGAAAUUGUUACCACCUUAAGCUAAUAAAAAUACUUUAUUUGGAGGGGAGUGUGGUAGAGGAAUAAACGAAGUGCGGUGGUUUAACACAGAUGUGCUUGUAAAUUCACCUGGGUCUAUCCCAUGGCCUACCAGCGUGGUUUGGGUUGCGUUACGUGACCCCCCCCCCCCACCCCAAGAUGCACAGCCGAGCACAAACACCGUAUUAACGUCACCGCCUCUAGCGGUGGCUGGUGAUGUUCUAAACUCGUGGCACCGAAUAGAAUAAUACUGUACUGCACCUUUAACAAUCUAGUAACCGUACAAUAAAAGCUACCAUGCAGAACCUGAAA